UCAAUUUGCACUUACGAAUCAAAUACAGGAUUCUCGAUGGAGCAAUUGAGGGUCACGCGCGUGCGGGGAUCUUACCAAAUUCGGAUAAAGGUCGAGCCACAAACUGCAAUUUGCAAAUGGCGCCGGUUCAAUCAGAUUUAUACAAUCCCACAGAAUUGUAACCUUGAUAAGAUCGAGGCAAGGUUGCAAAAUUCAGUUCUAACAAUCACAAUGCCAAAGAAGCCGCAGCCAGCUGUAGAGACGAAAAGCCAGGCAGAAACAAUUAGCAAAGAAUUGUCAAUGACUCUGAGCGUAAAGGAAGGAAUUAGCAAAGAAGGCACGGUUCGGAAGGGCGAAGAUGAAACUUCACGGAAAUUGCCACAAGUUGUUGAAAUUGUUCUCUCACAGAGUGGUAGUCCAGAGAAAGAGAAGAAUAAUAAAGUCGUAACAAUUUGUGGGGAUGAAAGUAUGAUGGAAAUGAAGAGAAUAAAAGAUGCAGCCAUGAAGGCAGUGAAGGGAUUGUUAAUAGAGACUGAAGAAGAGAGGCAAACAAAUAAGGUUGCUGUUGCUGUUGGUGUGGCAGCUCUUGUGGUUGUGGGAAUUGGAGCUUAUGUUGCCUUGAAAAUUGGAUCAAAAGCUACAAGUAAUUAAUCAAUUAGCUUGUUCUUGAAAUACCGAGAACUCUGUGUGUAAUAUUUGUUUGUAAACUAUAAGGGCAGUAGCGUAAUUAGAGCUUAAGGAUGCAUGGGUCAUUUCAUUUAUAAGUGAGGGCAG